AUGAGAGAUGAAGAUUUGCAAACAAUCACCGGCUGGGAAGAUUGGAAUGUUCUUGGUUUUGGAAAGAAUGUUUGGAAGAUUGUUGUCAAGAUAGAUAAUGUUCAAUAUUCAGAGUUGAGUGCAAAGAUUUCCUAUAUGUGUGAUAGCACCAUGGAUUUAGCAAAGAAUCCAUUGGAAUACUUGAUGAAGAGAUACAGAUACUUUGCCAGAGAAUUGGAACUGUUUGAAUCACAAGCUAAUCAAACUCUUUUUCAAUCACUUUUCAAUUCAAAUGUUGCUGGUGGAUACGAACAAUUCUUUGGUGAAUUCUAUCCACUAGUUUGUCAUGUGAAAAACAGAUGGAAGAAAAUGGAGGGAAACAAUGGAAAGUAUGCGAUUAUUGGUGAUGGAACCAAUCGUUACUCAAUCUUGAAUUCAUUCUCAAGAUUAGCAAGAAUUUUAAUGAGUUUGAAUUUGGGAAAAUGUUUAAUGGUUGUAAAAUUUGAUUUUACAUCCAAAGAGGAUCUGAAAGCACUCUCAGAAUGCAAGAAGGAAUAUUGUCUCUCCUAUGGUAUUGUUCAUGAAGGUCAUAAGUAUUGUUUGUUAGGUACUUCAAAUUCUGGUUUGAAAGGUGAUUCCUGUAUCUUUUACAACUCAACAUUGUUGAAUUUGGAAAUAUUGAAGCAAAUGUUGGGUACCUUUGAAAAAGCUGAGGAGCAUGGACCUAGAAAGGUUGCUAGUAGAGUUGGAUUGAGUAUGGGAACUAGUACUCCAAGUAUUGUGGAAUGGAAACAAGAUGAUAUCCAAAUUAUUUCAGAUGAUAUUGCAGUGACUGAUGGUGCUGGUAUGGCUGUUGAAGAUUUCUUCGAACAAGUCCUGGAAAAUACCUACUCUGUUCCAUAUUUCUUUAUGGACAAGUUAUUUGAAUCAGAUACGAAACAAGGUAGACUAUUCGAAAAGAAUUUCAAGAACAUCAGUGCCAUGCAGGUAAGAAUUUUGGGAGCCAAAGGAGUCAUUCAAAAGGUUAACAAAUCAAUGUGGGCAGAAUUACUUAAAAAGCACAAAUUGCCAUCCAAUACCAAAGUCAUUUUGAGAAAUUCAAUGGUGAAAUUUGAAGGAAAUUAUUCAAUUUACAAUAAGAUUGAUAUAUUGAAUGUUGCUCGUGUUCAUGGUGGCAAUAUUAAUAGAAAUAUCAUGUCUUGCUUACUGCAAAUGACUACGAAUGAAGAAGAAAUGGAAAAAUUGUUCAAAAAUUUUUACGAAACUCAAUUAAUGGAAAUUGUUGAGAAUAAGGAUAAUCCAGAAUAUUUAUGCAACGUGCUCCUCUCUCAAUCAGGAGAAACUUCGCAAGAAUCUAUUGCUAGAGAUUUAAUAAUGGCUGAACAUUCAUUGGAUAAUUAUUUUAUUUCCUCCGUUGUAAAAGACAAUAUUGAAAGCAAGUUUGAAUCCAUGGUUAGUGACAAGCUCAGUAUGAAAUGUAAACAUCCUGGGUUUUUAAGUGGUAUGGGUGUUUAUGAUGAAAGUUCGACUUUGAAACAUGAUGAAGUUCACAUCCCAUGCUCCAAGUUGAUUCGAAGUUUAGAUUAUGCUAAAAUUGACAAGGUUCUUGUCUAUAGAAAUCCUCUUGCCUAUGAAGGUGAUAUCCAAUGCUUAAAGUUGGUCAAGCAUCCCCCAACAGAAUUCCUCCAAUCAAGAAGAGAUGUCAUUGUCUUUGGACACAAUCCAAAUUAUAAGAAAGUCCCAGAACCAUUAUGCUACAUGGCAGGAGGUGAUUUGGAUGGCGACUUGUAUGAGAUUAUUUUCGAUCCAGAAAUUGUCAAGUUAUUUGAUCAAAAUCUCAAACCAAAAUUGAAUUAUAACGAUGGAGCUGCCACCAAUAAGGUGACCAAAACUGUUAAAAAUUCACUAAGCAUGGAAGAUGUAAGAAAAACUGUAUUGGAAAUGAUGGAACAAUCAUCAAAAAUUUCAGAAGUUUAUCUUAAAACAAUGUGUUGGAGAGAAGAUUCUUCCAAGGUUGGAAUAGAUAUCAAACUUAAAUUGUCCAAAAUGUAUCACGACAGCAUUGAUACUAUUAAGGGAUCAGCUUUUAAUGCUAAACAGUUGUAUGAAAUUCCAAAAAAGGAUUCUCCAAAGUGGAUGGAACUUUGCAAAUUGAAGAUUACUGACCAAUCUCAUAUAGAACUUGAUACAUUCGAAGCAAGAAUGUUUGACCUAAUUAGAAAUAUAUUCAAUAGGAUGGUUUUUUCAGAUACAAAGCAACUUGACACUGUUUUUGAAAACCCAUCUGAAAUAUACUCCUCAGAGUGGCAAAGAUGGAAAGAUGAAUUUAAGGAAGCGUAUUCACAAUGGAGACUCUAUUGGUCAACCAGAAAAAAUGAUGAGAUUGUCCUUUCUGAUAAAUUCUCAGCACACAAACAGAAAUUAUUCGAAAGCAUUAAAGAUUGCCUUGAAGAAGAUAAGAUAAACUGGGAGAAAGUCUUUAUCAAACAUGAUGGAGACAGUUUGGAUAAGCUCAACCACAAGGCAGCAUACUGGCUCUUCCAUACCUACAAUCAAUACAUAGAAGAGGACGACAAUGAGUUUAAUCUUGAAGAAAGAUUUAAGUCACUCAUUAGAAGUCCAUUUGUGUAUACAUGUUGCCUUUUCAAUUUGAAUUGCUUCAAAUUAUUCAAUAAUCAAGAAGAGAAAAUGCCACAUAUUGUAAGCCCAAGAUUUACUAUCCGUAUCAAGCAAUCUCGAAAUGAAAAAGUCUCAAAAACUAUUUUAUUAGAGUGUCCAUUGAAUAAUUAUUUUCUGGACUUGUCUUAUUGUUUUCCUCUUUCAAAGGAAAGAGAAUUUCCAAGUUUUUGA